GUUCAAGAGGAGUCCAUAGCCCAAAUCCUUAGAAUUUUUUAAAUAUAAUAUUAAUAUUUGAGCCAAGAUUAUCACGGAUCGGUCCGUAAAUAAGGUGUAGAAGGAUCGAGUCCUUAGUACACGUGUCGCGUAACUAAUCGUCUCUCCUCUCUCCUCUCUCUCACCAAACUCAGCCGUAGAAGAAGAAGCCAUGGGAGAUAAGCUCUCUCUCUCCCCCUCCAUCACCCUUUUGAUUGGAGGAGAGAUGGAGACGAAUUCGAACAAACCGCCGUCGUUUCUCCCUAAACGCUCCCAAUCCGUCGACCGCCGUCGUCCCUCGCCUUCCCCGGCCACCGAAAUGUCCGCAGCCACGAAGAUGCUCAUCACCUCCACCAGGAGCCUCUCGGUUUCCUUCCAAGGCGAAGCCUUUUCCCUUCCCAGCAGAAAAAAGAAGGAAGCCACCGCCGCUCCUCCCGUUAUCUUCAGUGGCGGUUUGUCAAUGCGAGGACUGAGUAUACUUUAAUGGUGUGCAACGGCGUGAUCCGCGUGCAACGGCGCUAUUUGUAUUGUUUUGUUUGAUCGCUGCGGUUGUUCUGUAUGUGACGCCGUUUCAGGUUGUGGCGCUUUUGGUUGGGAUCUAUGUUCUGAGACAUCCGAGGUUUAGGUACAGGCUGCCGUCAGUUCCUCUCAAUUUCUUCAGGAGGCUUCCUGUAAGAACUGAGUGCAUGCUCUGAGCACAAAGAACCGAUCGUCCCUUUCGGAAUUGUUAGUUUGUUUCUUGUUUUUUUAAAGGUCAUGAUGACUCUUUUGCUUGUUGAUGAUUAUGAUGUCGUUUGGUUUUUAAACAUUAUCAGGACUUCUUGUUUGAAAUUAGUAAAUUAGCAUCUGUGUGUGGCUUUGAUGUUCUUUUGUUCUGGUUGGUUAGUCUUCUAUGUUAUCGCAAGUCUGCUUCACUAUUCAACCGGUGACAUCUCUCUGCUUUUUCUACAUUUUGUUACCAAAAGAUGAAACUUUUAGGUUUGGAUUUUGUUGGUAGUAGAAAUUUGCCAUUAGCUAAGGACUCUAAUUAGAGUAACACCAUUGGACUUGAUCAUUUUGAUUAAGUCCUUAACUAUUCAAAAAAACAAAAAACAAAAAAAAUUAAUGCUAAACUAAUCCUAAGGACUCCACAAUGGAAUCUACCGUUGUGGAUGCUCUAACAAGUAACAAGCAAUCACCCCGAUAGCUGGUUCGGCCAUUAUAUACCUCCUGAAAAGCUAAGGUGUUCUAAAGACAAAUAAUCUAAACAAAUAGUACUACUCGCAAAGAGAAGGUGAAGAUGACUCAGUCUCAGACCAACGGCGGAGACGGAGCAGGAGCCACAGCAAUGGCAGAGCCUCCUUUGAACAACGAAAUAAUGUUUAAUAGGAGCCAGAGCGCGAGCAGCUGUUUUUCAAAGGAAGACGAGGAGAUGACUCGUACAGCGCUUUCCGCGUUUAGAGCUAAAGAGAGUGAGAUCGAGAAGAGGAAGCUUGAGGUUCGUGAACGUGUCCAAGCUCAACUUGGUCGUGUCGAAGAAGAAACCCGCCGCCUCGCCACAAUCCGCGAGGAGCUUGAAUCUCUUGCUGAUCCCAUGAGGAAGGAAGUUUUGAUUGUCCGCAAGAAGAUUGAUAGCGUUUACAAGGAGCUCAAACCAUUAAGUUACUCUGUUCAAAAGAAGCAAAAGGAAUACAAAGAAGCAGUUGAUGCAUUCAACGAAAAAAAUUUGGAGAAAAUUCAGCUGAUCACAAAACUCAUGGAGUUGGCUGGAGAAAGCGAGAAUCUGAGGUUGAAGAAGCUUGAAGACCUGAGCAAGAGCAUUUAGAAUGUCACAACACACAUGCAUGACAAAGAUAAAUCAAGAACUUGGAUCUUGGUUCAUUGUGUGAACUGUGAUGUGUCUUCUCUCUUCUUUUGUAAAAAUGUGAAAUUUGUGGGUGUGUUUUUAAUUUAUAAAUACUGCAUACUUGUAUGUAAAAAAGUUGUCAUUCUUACAUAAAUCUUCACAGCACCUUUUCAUGGAUA